AUGCCUGUCGUGGAUGGCAGCCGAUGCCGCAGUGAUGGCGGUGUAUGUGACGGCGAUGAUGCUGAUGCUGCUGAUAAUGGUGUGGCGCGCUCUGCUCCAUCCCCAUCAGCAGCAAGCAGCGUCGAUUACGGCGACCAGUACCACGCUUACCCCAUGAUGCGAUGCAAAGAGGUCUCCUUGACCCUUGCACAUGCACAAAAUGAGCAAGGCGAUUGCCACGAUUGCCACGAUUGCCACGAUUAUUGCCACGAUUGUACGCCGGACUCGUCUCCCGUGCACUUGCAGCAGAGUGGAGAUGAAGAAGUGGACGUGCAGGACAUGCGCAGCUUUUCAACCGCGAGCGACUCGGAUGAGGCUGUUGUUGUUCUGCCUCAAGCAAACGGCGACGGCUUGGCUCCUCAGCAGACCACGCUCCAGUUUCAACCACCAGCGCCUCCGAGACGUCGCGUUUCCUCAUCUCCGCUGCUGUCGUCAUCACCAUCGUCGUCCUCAUCAAUGAUGUACUUCACUUCGUCUUUCAGUACCUCGCCACCGUCCGCCACCCACCAAUCUGUGGUGAGCGGUCCAAACUCCGACUCGGAAAUGGACCUGAAUCGCAGCUUUUCCGAAACGGAGAUGCCCUCGUCGCCCUCGUGCCCCAGCUCCCCCGUGCGUGAAGCCGCAUGCACCAUGAACAACGACAUCAACAGCGGUGGCACGACAACGGUGGAUGCAGGCACCAAGCGGUCCAUGGAGGAGCUGAUGACGUCGGUGCGCGUCCCGCCAUCCUCGCCGGGCCCGAUGGUUGGGAUGGACGUGGAUCCUCCUCCACUGGGAGAUUUUGGUGCGCUUGGCGAGUGGCACGCCGACCAACAACUGUGCCAACUUCAAGAUGAGCACGGCAUUGACUGCUUGCGCUCCCAGACAGUGGUGCAGCAAGCCAGAAACAAGGUGUACCGCCACAAGCAACGCAAGCGCCACCUCCGCCGGCAGGACCUGCUGCAAGGGCAACAGCACCAGCAGUGGCAGUAUGAGGACCCUGACGAGCUGGAGAAGAUCCUCGAUGCCACCCCAGCCACCAUGUCCUUUCACACGGUGCUGUGCUGCGUGCGGCGGCUACACUGCAACAGCGACGCCCAGCAUGGAAUGUCGUCGUUUUGCGACAGGUGCCUCAACCCAGCCACCCUGUGCGUGUCCACAUCCGCCUUCAAGAAGCUCACGCAGAUUCUCAAGCAGCGGCGGCAGCCUGCCCUGCGCGUGGCGCUGCAGAGGGCGCGUCGGCGAAAGCAGGACCGCAUCGCCAAGGCAAAGAAGCACGAGCAGUUCAACAAGACCCUGCACAACCUGCGGGCAACGAAUGUCCAGUACAGGGCCAAGCUGGCGCACUUGCUCGACGUGUACAACGCGUUGGCGCGCAUGCUGGUUGAGGUUGCUGGGCCGUGCUGAGUCUGCUGGCGAGAGCCACGCACCAUCCGAGCAAACGGCGCACGCGCUUUGCCUUUGCUCUGUUUUCUUCUUGAUUUGUGUUUGGAGCCGUUGCACAGUUCUUGCGGUACCCCCUCCCAACCAUCAAGAAUGUCCUUCUUCAGCCCUCUUAUCUUGUGGCGCCUGCGGCGAUUGCUGGUGCCCAGUUUCCUUCUGUUUUGCUUUUUCAUCCUUAUCAACAACCUCUUUGACUUCAAACGGCAUGAUGCAUUGCAUGUGCCGAUCUGUUUCACACCCUAGCUGACAUUGCUUCUCGUUGAUCUGUUCCGCAUCCUUUAUGUGUGGUUCACAUUGUUGAUGCAAGUUUUCUUCCCUUCUUCCUUCCCUUCUUCCUUCCCUUCUUCCUUCCCUCCUUCCUUCCCUUCUUCCCUCCUUCUCUUCUGCUCUGUUCCAUUUGUUGUUUUGCCUCAUUGCUUGCUGAUGGUGUCAGCAAUGUGUGGGAACGACAACUUGGACAGGAGUUUUGUCCGCACGCUCACCUGAACCACUUCUCAGUAUCCUUUGCCAACCGUUGUUCUUGUGCUGUUGACGGAACUGGUUUGUGGUCACACGACACACAUGUCGUGGCCCAAUUUCCCGCUCUUCAGCACAAUGUUUGACGGUAUGGCAACAGUGAC